UUUAACUGAUAGAAAAUGUACAACUGUUUGAUAAAUAUUUAUUGAUAAAUGAUUUGUAGUCUUUCACAAAAUCUGUUUAUAAAAAAUACGUUCAUUCAAAACACAAAAUCAAAUGAAAUGUUUAACUUUAUGCGGCGCCCAGAUCAAAGGUAUGACAUCAAAGUAUCGCGAGAGCUGUGCUUGUCGAUGUCAUACGUCGAUCAGUCUGCGCAGCGCCGCAUGAAGUCGACAACACCGUUUUUGUUGUCAUGGUAACUCUUCACAAUCAACAUGGCGGAGGACAAACUUUCAUUUGAGCAAGCCUACACCUUCAAUCUACUUUCCAAUAAAAAAUUCACGUUUCAGCAAGACCCAAAGGUAACAGGACUACUGAUGAAAUGGUCCAUGCUGGGUCGAAUAACCACCCAGGCUUUCAACUUUGAUCAGUCUUUUCAGCCUUAUAGGUCAAAUGACUUUGUCUGGGACUUCUUUCAAGAUCCCCAUGUAAAGAACAAUUUAAAGGUACUUGAUAGCUCUGGAUCAUGGACACUAUUGGGUAGAGACAUCACACAUGUAAAUGCAGAAGUUGUUCCCUGUACAAAAGUGUCAGUGGAUAUAUUUGAUCCAGUUUACUCAAAUGGAAUUUUGCGGCCCUCUGGACAGAUUGUUAAAUGUUACCAUGAAAUAUACCCUGACUUUGAUGAGUUAAGAAUGAUUUUGCUGGAAGAGGAUUCUGACAAUUAUCAUAUAAUCAGUGCAAGUGAUCGUCAGGAAUUUUUGUUCAGACUGUUUAAGCAUGUGGUCUUAGGAGGUGAACUUUGCCAGUAUGAGGAUGUCGUUGACCCGUACAUUAACAUAGCAAAAAUAAUAUACAAAGAUAUGGUCAGUGUUCAGAAGGAUCCAGACCUAAAAGAGAUCAGUGUGGUCUCAACGAUCUUAAAAGUUUCUGCUUAUGAUGCAUCUGGAUUGUGCUACCCAUCUGGAAUAGAAAAUGAGCAGACAUUUGCUUACCUCUGUAUUGAUCCAUUUAAAAGGCAUGUGUAUGUCUUAUAUCAUUUAUUUGGUAUAGGGGAUUUUUCUGGAAAUGAAGUGCUCUUAUUGUAACUAUUUGUAAAAACACAGAUAGAUUAUUAAUACAUGUAUUAGCUUCAGCUUGUAAAUGUAGGAUUUGUGAAACAACAUUUGAAAAUUCAGUGUCAUGUAUAUAUGUUAUGCAUUCAUUAUAUUAGACAGGUUGUGCUAAAUAAUAUUUUUUCAAGUAUUUUGUAUUAAUUGUAUCAAUCUUGUUUGUAGCCAUUUUGAUAAAAUGUAUGAAUACAGCUUUUUUUCUCUUUUUUGUCAGUGGGUUCAUUUUUGUGAAGCCUAGAUAAUAAUAUCCUUAGAUAAUAAUAUUGUUGUGUGUUGUACAUGCUUUAUCAUUCUUUCUGUGAUGGAGCUAAGCACAUGAUAUGAAAAUGAUUAUUUUGUAAAUUUCUGAAUUUAAGUACUACAUUGGAAGGUAAAAAUUUCUAUUAAAAUAAAUGGUGAAAUUGUCUCUUACAUUAACAUACAACUUCUGUUCUAUAUUACAACUGCUUGUUUUAAUAGCAUGUAUGAGUAACAAAUGAGUAAUAGUAAUGUUUCUACCAUAAUUCCCCAAGUCUUUUACUUGUGGUUUUGAACUUUGCAUUAAUCUUUGUGUUCAAUAUCUAUUGUUUGUCAUUUGUUAACACAAAAAAUGGAUCAACUUUAAUAUUAACUUUUAAAAUGCAUUUUGUUGUAAGAAAUACUUGAAAAUACCUUUAAAUAUAUCAAUUUUUCUAUA